AGUGACGCACUUCCACUUUGCUAGGCGCGCGGUUCCCGGUCUGAAAAGUAGAACGCGGAUUUGGCUAGGGCCUCGCGUCUCCGCCGCCCGGCAUGGCCUCCUCACGAGCCUCCUCCACGACAACCAAAACCAAAGCGCCUGACGAUUUAGUUGCUCCCGUUGUGAAGAAACCACACAUCUACUAUGGAAGCUUGGAAGAGAAAGAGCGGGAACGCCUGGCCAAAGGAGAGUCUGGGAUUUUGGGAAAAGAAGGACUCAAAGCCGGCAUUGAAGCAGGAAAUAUUAAUAUAACAUCCGGAGAAGUGUUUGAAAUUGAGGAGCACAUCAGUGAGCGGCAGGCAGAAGUCUUGGCAGAGUUUGAAAGAAGAAAGCGAGCCCGGCAGAUCAAUGUUUCCACAGAUGACUCAGAGGUCAAGGCUUGCCUUCGAGCCUUGGGAGAGCCUAUCACGCUUUUUGGAGAGGGCCCUGCUGAACGAAGAGAAAGGUUAAGAAAUAUUCUCUCAGUGGUCGGGACUGAUGCCUUAAAAAAGACGAAAAAAGAUGAUGAAAAGUCUAAGAAGUCAAAGGAGGAGUAUCAGCAAACCUGGUACCAUGAAGGGCCAAAUAGCCUGAAGGUGGCCAGAUUGUGGAUUGCUAAUUAUUCACUCCCCAGGGCAAUGAAACGCUUAGAGGAGGCCCGUCUCCAUAAGGAGAUUCCUGAGACAACCAGAACCUCCCAGAUGCAGGAGCUGCACAAGUCUCUCCGGUCUUUGAAUAAUUUCUGCAGUCAGAUUGGAGAUGACCGGCCGAUCUCCUACUGCCACUUCAGCCCCAAUUCUAAAAUGCUAGCCACAGCUUGUUGGAGUGGGCUUUGCAAGCUCUGGUCUGUCCCUGACUGCAGCCUCCUUCACACUCUUCGAGGCCAUAACACAAAUGUAGGAGCAAUUGUAUUCCAUCCCAAAUCCACUGUCUCGUUGGACCAGAAGGAUGUCAACCUGGCCUCUUGUGCUGCUGAUGGUUCUGUGAAGCUUUGGAGCCUUGACAGCGAUGAACCAGUGGCAGAUAUUGAAGGCCAUACAGUGCGUGUAGCUCGGGUAAUGUGGCAUCCAUCAGGGCGUUUCCUGGGCACAACCUGUUAUGACCGUUCAUGGCGCUUAUGGGAUUUAGAGGCUCAAGAGGAGAUCCUGCACCAGGAAGGCCACAGCAUGGGUGUGUAUGACAUUGCCUUCCAUCAAGAUGGCUCUUUGGCUGGCACUGGGGGACUGGAUGCAUUUGGCCGGGUUUGGGACCUACGCACAGGACGCUGCAUUAUGUUCCUGGAAGGCCACCUGAAGGAAAUCUAUGGGAUAAAUUUCAGCCCCAAUGGCUACCACAUUGCCACUGGCAGUGGUGACAACACCUGCAAAGUGUGGGACCUUCGGCAGCGACGCUGUGUCUACACCAUCCCCGCCCAUCAGAACUUAGUGACCGGUGUCAAAUUUGAGCCUAUCCAUGGGGACUUCUUGCUCACAGGUGCCUAUGACAAUACAGCCAAGAUCUGGACCCACCCAGGCUGGUCCCCACUGAAGACCCUGGCUGGUCAUGAGGGCAAAGUGAUGGGCCUGGACAUUUCUUCUGAUGGGCAGCUCAUAGCCACGUGCUCCUAUGACAGAACCUUCAAGCUCUGGAUGGCAGAGUAGGCCAGACCACGGAAGGACUCAGAACUUGUGUUCUCACGACGGAGCCAUUUCCUCAAAGGAAAAGAAUUGUAUUGUGUUCUAUCAUGUUUCCUGCCAAAUACCAUGUGUUGGAUUGGAUUUUCACAUCAGCCCACUCUUGAGGAAGCCUGUCUUUAGGUGGUAGCAAGCCCUUCGUGGUUAGAACAAAAUUCUCAUCUCAGGUUCUGCCAAAAACUGUAGAUGUUGUAUAGACUCAACACUUUUCAGUGCCCUGCCUCCUCCCUCACACUCAGGAUUGUGACCGUUCUUUCAUUUUUGUUUUUUUUAUUUGGCAUUUUGAGACAGAAUCUGUAAGUAUAUCCCUGACUGUCCCGGAAGCCUUACAUUGUAAGUAAUCCUCCUGUCCUGCCCUUCGAGUGAUGGCAUUAUGGAAAUGUGCUGCUGUGCCUGGCAGUUGUAUUUUUAGUGCUUGAACUUGGCUCUCUAUAACAUGGUAUGUGCUUGGGACUACGGGUGAUUCAGCAAGCAAGAUAGCUGGACUGGCUAGGCAGUGGUGGCGCAUGCCUUUAAUCCCAGCUUGGGAGGCAGAGGCGGGCAGAUCUCUUGAGUUUGAGGCCAGCCUGGUCUACAGAGCAAGUUCAAGGACAGCCUUUUCUCUACCCUGUCUCGAGGAAAAAAGAAAAAAAAGAUAGCUGGACUGUAUUUGAAAUCUCCCCAGUUAUGAGGACAUGUCACCACCAUUUGUGGCGAGCUCCUUUCCUGACGCCGAGAAUGAAACCAGAGCCAUAGACUGCAGCUGUGUGAUAGCUCCACAGUAAAAAAGAUUUUCCCUUUCUGUGGUGUUCACGAAGGAUGUUCACUGCAGCUGGGACUCAGAACUGCACACUUGGCCUUGUUAGAGCCAAGUUAGAGCCUCUUCCUUUUGGCUUUGAAGUUUGAUAUCCUUCAUGACAAAACAAUCUGGCCAUUGUAUCCAGAUUCAAAGGGGUUUUAAAAACAAACAUGAUGUCUGUGUUGUACAGCCUCCUUCCUGUUGGUUAUUUAAAGGGUGUACCUUAUGUAUUAAAGAACACUUCAUGUCAAAGGAACUGGAAAAAAUCCUAAUUUAUGUUUGGGUGUUACCAAACAUAAACUUUUAUAUAUAAAUACACACACACAUACAUACAUACACACACACACACACUUGCUGAGAGUAAAAUCUUACUAUAAAAACUCUUUGAAAGGAUUAUUUUCUAUUUCAGCAUUUUGUGAACCUAACCAUUUGUCCAAAGAGAUCCCCUUCUUUAGUUUUGAGAUCUAAUGUAAUUCUAGGCCUGAAUUGUUCCACUUUCUGUUACUUUAUUCAGAUGUUUAUUGUGGUGUUUUUUGAGGGGGGAGGAAGUAGCAGGUUUUUGUGACAAAGGGUCUUACUGUGUAGCUCAGAUUGGCCUCAGAGUCAAAAUCCUCCUGCCUCUGCAUCUCAAGUCCUGUAAGUUGUAGGUGUAAGCCAUCAGUCACAUCCAGACACUAACAGCUUCUUUACGUAGAGUUGUUGGCCCAGGAGAACACCAGGUUUUCAGGUGUGUCUGGGUUCCAUAGUUCUUCCUCAUCAGUCAGUGAUUGGCUUCACCUUGCUGCACUCCAGAACUGCACGGUAAAUCCGCACAGAGCAGUAAUUUCAGAGAAGGUUGUGUAUAGUGUGAAAUUCCCUCUCCAGAAUUGGAAGUUUACACACCAUCGGCUUCCUGUUCUGCCCUGCUCUUCUGUAGAUCAUGAAUAUAUGGUAUAUAACAAAACAUUUGGGGAGGGGCUGGUUUCUCUGUGAAGCCCAGGCUGUCCUAGAACUCACUGUAGACCAGGCUGGCCUCAAACUCAGAGAUCCGCUUGCCUCUGCCUUCUAAGUUAAAAGUAUGCUCACCACACCCAGCUAAACAUGUGAUUCCAGUCAUAACCAAGUAUAUUCCGUAUAUGUGGCUGUUACGCCAUUCAGGCCUUCCCUUCACUUGGCACUUAACCACCCUUAACCUGUUCUAUGAAAUUACCAUUUUCUUGACAUCUUACAGUGUUUGUAAAAUGAUGAGACUGGCAUAGAGCCCUGCAUUCGGGAUCUGGCACAUUUGAGUUCUCUGGUCUGAACCUUACUAGGAACUUAAUUUUCGGUUGAUCCAAGAGAGCAUUCGAGUUGGAAAUGUUCCAUGUAAGCCUUAGGCCGAGCAAGUGUCUGGGGAAGUAAUCCAUUUCUUCAACCACUGUAAGAAAAUAGUGGAUUCUGAAUGGCAGAACCACUGUCAUUUAACCCUACCUCAGUGGUGCAUCAGGCACAUUAAGAGAAUUCAUUCUUUUAAGGUUGCUGGGUGGACUUGAAUAACUGCUGAAUUACCCAGCUGUAAGCAGUGGAACUAUGUGAACCAGUAUGAAAUGAUUGCACAGUGCUUUAUGGAGAACGUUGGCCAUUGGCAAGACCAGGACCGGGCAUGUGGCCUGAUUGCUGACUGGUCAGCCUUUUUACCUCUCUGCCUGUGGAUGCCAUGGACAAAUCACUGACUUUAUGAACAGUGGACUUUUCCCACUCCUGUGUCUUGAUUUGGAGCUUAGCAGAGUUGAAUCUUAGGAUAGGUGAUACUUCUUAGGCACCGCUGCAGGCCUCCGUCCCUAAUCUAAGCACACCCAGUGGAAGUGCUGCCAAUGUAAGUGGGUGAGACUGCUUGCUAGGAUUUGAUUCUGAAAUAUCCCGGCACUGUUGUGCCAUUAAACCCUCAGGACAUAGGACCUGGCUGGUACAAAUAAGUCACCAACACAGGGUUGUCGGAAGUUUUUAGCCCAGCUUCUAUCUCCAGCUGCCCUCUGCUUCCUGGUAUGCUCUGGUGUGGUGAGCAUCUGCUACAGGCUCCUCCCUGUGCUCUGUACCCUCUGAAACCUUGAGCCCCAAUCAACCUCCCCUCCAGCUGUCUCUAACAGGUAUUGUGGUGACUAACACUGCCCCAAGGUUAGAACUAACAAAUGCUAAGUAAGAGCUAAGAUCCUAACCCUCUGUCUCAAAAAAAAAAAAAGGAAGGAAGAAGAAAAGAAAAUCUGUUCAGUAUAACAAACUACUAGUUUUUGGUACUCCCCGGCAUCCUGAGAAUGUAAGUUGUAUUCUGAAGGAAAGGGACUCCAAGGUUAACCCUAGGCUGAGCCUCGGCUCCAGCAUCUGCUUCCUUGGGCCAGGGUCUCUGGAGGAGGAGAAAUUCCUUCUUGGACUUUUUCCAUUUCUUCUCUGCCCCUGUCCCUCUUAGUUCAUAGAAUAUAGAGAGAUGUUGCCAGACGUGCUUGCUACAAAGGUAAGCAAAAAUGUGUAGAGAAGUGAAGUUGAUAGGAAAUGUGAGGUUCACUAUCAGUGCAAUUACCUGAUGAGGUCAAUGGAGACAGGUGAUAGUCUCAGGAGGAAAUGUGGGUACCUUUACAGUUUUCUAGUGGAGAAAUCUCCACAUCGGAGCUUAAAACUGUCUGGUUUUACUAAAUCAAAAUAUAAUUUAUAUAUUUUAUAAUAUCUUACUCCUUUGUGCCUCUAAGGAAGUUAUAAAUAAAUAAUACUUCUGUGGAAAUAUUCUUUAGAGCAAAUAAAACUGACUCAAGUUCUGA